CACCGCCGCUCAAGGACAAAAAAAAUCUCCAUUUCUUCUUCAUUCUUCUCUCUCUCUCUGUGUCUCCUCGGGACUUUCUCCGACUCUGUUGUGUCGUUUUAUACACUUCAAACUCAAGCUCUUUCUUGAUCUACUUCGCUAUUCCCCUUCUCCUAUUUGGCAGAGAUGUGGCAAGUUGUACUAGGAGCAGCCAUUGCUGCUGGAUCCACUGGUCUUGUAGCCAAACGCUUCUUCAACCCUUUCUCUCCACAUCAUCCCUUUCCCGAGGAUCACAGCGAAGAAGAGCAGGAGCACGUCACUACUCCUGUAGGUAUCGGGUUUCUCGGCUCUCCUUGCGAGAAAACCAAUGGCGUUUUCCGGUUUAAAAGUUCCGGGUCUGCAGGGUCCGGAUCCGGGUCUUCUCCCGGGUUUAGGAAGUGUACAGGGGUUACAUGCAAGGUUAAGGUUCGUGGCUUGAUGAAGCAGAAGAAGAAUAAAAACAAUGGUGGUGGCUCUGAGAUCGAGAAGCGAUCUGGAAAUGUUUCCUUGAAAAAGCCGAGAACUUUGAGUGCUGACUCUGCUUCAAAACGUGGUGUGUCAUGUUAUAAUAACAAUCAAGAUCAUUCCACUUUCAGCUCGGCACUUGGUGUCUGCAUGAUGUACAUGAUGUCAGCAGAGAAAAAUGAAAUGAGUAAGCUGCAUACAGCGACGGAAGAAACUGUCAAAGCCAUCCAGGAGCUUAAAGAUGAACUUUCUAGGAUCAAAUCUUUACAGGGUUUCAAAUCCAGUGGCAAAUCUGAUCUCACUACUAAACCAGAGAUUGCGAGUGGAGAAGAAUCUGUCGACACUAAGUCAGGCAAGGAUGGGGAAUAUGCUAGCAGCGUCCUAACUGAGGAACCGGAACACGAGGCGGUGGAAAUGGAACAGUUGGAGAUGGAACUUGAAUCUGAGCUUCAGAAACUAAACUUGGCUGAGACAAGUGAACUUAUGGAGGAAUGUAAGGGGCUGAUGAAUGGAUCCGAGUCAUACCAGUGUGGUGGAAUUUCAGCAUCUGAGCUGGACAAGAAACUAUGCCGCCUUCUUAUUGAGCAACAAGAAGGACAGAUCAAUGAGCUUGAAGCUGAACUGCAGACUACUCAGUCCAAACUCCAAGAGAAGGAAGCUGAACUCCAAGCGCUUAAGGUAUGCGUUAGACGCCUUACCGAGUUUCCCCUCUUGGACCGUUCAGAUGAUGAGCAUGAACAAGACAUGAACCAGGAGCUCUCAGUUUCAUGGAGCCAAGAUAACCAAACUGAUAAAGAGGAAAGGAAGCCGAUCAUUGGGAUGAAAAGACCUAUGGAGUCAUGUACUCAUGUUUAAUUAGAGUGGCAACUUUAUAUAAUCAGAAAACGUGCACAGUAAGUUCCUGUAUAGACUUCAUCUUGCAACACCAAAAGGAUCCAGGUCUCUGAAGAAUCCCAUACUACCAGAAGUCUUCUUAGCCAUGACUUGACUAGAGAUUUAGAUUGCUAGGUUUGUAGACUAGCUAGUUAUUGCGGAUGCGUGAACUUCUCUAAAUGUCGUGUGUAUCCUCAAGCUGUUUAGUGUGUGUCACUGUAGGCUUUUCUAAGUUAAAUGUAAAAGAUAAUCUCAGUUUAAUAUUACAGUUUGUUAUAUA